CCUCUUCCUUCUUCUGAGCUCAGGGCGGGAGGGACACAGAAACAUGUGGACAGUUGUCUCCCGACUCCAUCGGUUCCCACAUACAACGUGGAUAAACUUAAUUCCCUUAUCGACACUAUAGAAACUAUGUUUCAGAAAGCACGACAAGAUCAUGCAUAUUCUUUUGACAAAGAAAGUUUAAUGUCUGCUUUUCUUCAAACCCUCCACUGAAAUGACACUUCCGGACGCGUUUCAAGUUCUCCAAUGGAAUGCCCGUUCUUUGAUAGCGAAUAGAUAUCCAUUACUCCAUUAUCUCGCUUCAACACAGUGUGAUUUAGUACUACUUUCUGAGACACGGCUAGUGCCAGACACUAAAAUUCAUAUCCCUCAAUAUAAUGUUCACCUCUCCCGCCGAACCGAUCUAGGAACUGCUAUUUUAUCGCAUGUCACUUUAUUCACCACACCUGUCCAUAUUACAUACCCUCCCACGAUGACUGGUAUUGAUGCGGUCGCUAUACAAACAAUACAUAAAGAUUAUCGACUGACAGUAGUAUCCGUGAAUGUAUACCCUCGGGUAGGAUAUUCAGGUGUCUUAUGGGAUCAAUUUUUUCAACAAUUUACUGGCUCCAUCAUUGUGGGUGGGGAUUUUAAUGCCCAUCAUGCUCAUUGGGGAAACGACUUUCAUGACCCCGCAGGUGAUACUUUGUAUGAUUUUCUAAUUUCGUCUCAUUCUAUAUUGCUCAAUAAUGCUGGACCAACAUGGAUCGGCCCUCCACAUACGAGAUCUACAGCCAUUGAUCUCACUUUUACCACACCCAAUAUAGCAGGACUUUUGCAAUGGACUCUCCUACAGAAUACGUGGGGCAGUGAUCAUUAGCCAUUACUCAUACGUAUGCAACCUACUACCCGUAGUGAUAACAUGUCCGCAUAUAACUAUUAUGCUUUUAACCCCUUACGCGCGGACUGGCUCUGGUAUGGUAUAUUGGUCGACGAGAAUCUUUCGGCGUGAGCUUCAACUUCUUCUGAUGACUCUUAUGUCAGAUUUUAUCACUCUAUCUUGCAAGCUGCUCAAUGUACGAUGCCUUAUCGUCUCAAGUCUAAACAUACGAAAUAUCAUAGACCACCUUGGUGGGAUACUCAAUGUGAUGUGGCUAAUACGCGUCGAAUUACUGCGUUUCGACAAUAUAAGCGUGUGUCCACCAUGGAUGAUUACAUAAACCUUAAAAAAAGCACAAGCAAUGGAGAAACGGGUUUGGAAGCAACGUAAACGGUUCCAUUCGCGAUUAUAUCGCACUAGUUUAACUCGUACCACUCCUCUCAAUACUCUUUGGCGUAAGUUUAACCAAUUCCGUUCUAGUAUUUUCUCUCCUCGUUCCAUUACUAUGCCUUUUAGUCUAUUGCCGGAAUUUAUGACUAUGGUUGCACCGUAUUUUGUACCCGCUUAUGUCGCUAUUCCCACUCCGAAUAUUCAAAUCCGCACGAAACUACACAAAUACGAUCACAUUCUCUUAGAAGAUUUUUCUAUAUCGGAACUGAAACGAUGUUUGUCUACCGUCCGUUACUCCGCAGCGGGCCUGGAUUUAAUCACGUAUAGCAUGUUACAAAACCUCUCAGACACCGCUCUACACAUACUGCUCAAUGCUUAUAAUACCAUGUAUCUACAGGGUACUAUACCCCAUAGUUGGUAUGAAUUUUACAUUAUCCCUAUACAUAAGGGUGGCAAAUCUCCAGAUCUUCCCGUUUCCUACCGCCCGAUUGCCUUACGCUCUUGUAUUGCCAAACUUUUUGAAAAACUGAUAAAUUUUCGCCUGGUCUGGUGGCUUGAGCGUAACAAUUUAAUACGUCCUGAACAAUUUGGCUUUCGAUCACAUCUAGGAACGGAUGAUGCCAUCUGUACUCUUUAUGCACAGAUCUACCGUGCGCUUCAGACAAAGGGUAUAAUCGGGGCUAUAAUCCUUGACAUUAGUUCAGCUUUUGAUAAUGUCCAAUGACCAAUGUUGAUAGAGACGUUAACCCGACUUGGUCUUCCCUCACAACUUGUUAUAAUAAUUUAUGUUCUUUUUUCUCAUUGCAUUUAUAAACCUCGAAUGGUCACUUCUUCAUCUUAUGUACGACAUACUUAUCAGGGAUUAGUACAAGGGAGUGUUCUUAGCCCUAUAUUAUUUAUUUUAUAUGUUCAAGACUUAAUGUUUCAUGUUGGACCGUAUGCAUAUAUCAUCGGUUAUGCUGAUGACGUAGUAAUAUGGUGCCAUAGUUCAUCCUUUGUUGGUGCCUGUAAUACUCUUCAAUCUGCGUUACAUGAAGCGCAUGUCUGGUUAAAUGAACGUGGACUUCGUCUAUCCCUACAGAAAACUAAUUUGGUGUAUUUUACAAAGAAAAUAAUUCCAGCCCAGGUGCCUAUUCCACAUCUUAAUAAUAUUUCUCUUCCUUCAGUUCAGUCGGUUAAAUAUCUUGGUGUUAUGUUUGACAGGAAGCUCACAGGGUCUGCACAUACUCAGUUUGUUGUUGAUAAAUUUACCCGCAGAAUGUAUUUCCUCAAAGCUUUAGCACUUUCACAGUGGGGGGCGGACUUAAUUUGCCUUCGAACGUUAUAUACCUCUACUAUACGUUCCAUACUACUUUCCGACAAUCACCUCCUACUUCAUUCACCGGCUGCCAACAUGAGACGGUUGGAACGAAUACAAAAUGACUCUAUGCGUAUUUUGGGAGCUUUCAAAUCUACUCCGAUCAUAUACCUACAAGUCGAGUUAGGUCUACUUCCGCUAUCGUUGCAGAUGCAGAUGUCUCGCUUACAACAAUGGAUUCGCUCAAUUCGUUCGAAUCACGUUGGACUCCGAAACACUUUACUAAAGUUAAUCGACAUACCUACCGACAUAUGUGAUGGUGUUGGUGUCGCAUGCUACUAAUAAACGAUCGGGGCUAUAUAAACUCCCCUCGUAUGUCACUAUUACGCAGAAGCACUUGCUAUAUUUCUCGCCCUGCGAUAUAUACUAUCUCAUAACAUUCCAUAUUCAAUCAUCUUGACGGAUUCUGUAAGUGUUUUAUCUUCCCUGGGAUCGUUUCUCUCUCCGUCCGAGGUACUUAUUCUCCGUAUUAAAGCUACGAUACUUCAGAUUUCGGCCAACACGUCUCCGCCACAAUUUUUAUGGAGCCCAUGACAUAUUGGGAUUCCUGGGAAUGAGUUGGUUGACCGUUUAGCUAAAUUCGCCAUUACGAAGGGUUCUGCUUACCACCCCCACUCGAUUAAUAAUCUAAAGCCUCUUAUUAAAGGUCAUUACACUCAGGUCAUGGCCGACACGUGGCAUCACUAUACACAAACUCAUCACUCCUUAUACUCCCUAUUACAUCAAAAUUAUUUUGCGGUCUAUGCCCGAUAUGGCACCUAUCCCUCCAGACGUCACGGGGUUAUCUCCUUUCGUUUAAGAACCGAACAUAAUACCUCUCCAUCUCAUUUAUAUAGACUCGGAAUACUUGCAAACUCGAUGUGUGUUUGUGGAUCCUCAGAUGCUGAUGUAAACCAUCUUUUAUUUGAUUGCCCUUGUAUUGGGGACAGAACCCACUUCUUUCGGAGCCUUAAAGCAAUAGGAAUUUCGCCACCCUAUUGUUACCCGCGGAUGUUAUAUGAACACUCCCGUGAGGUUUUGGGUGUUAUUAUUUGGUUUAUUCUACAAGCCAAUAUUUGCCUUUAGUCUGUAUGUUUGUUAUUGCGACUUUUGCUUUUGUCGCGGUGGUUGGUUAACCCUCCACAUCCCUAUUCCUAUGUUCCACGGCCUUAUUUUUCCUUAUGGUAGACGGGCCUCUACCGAGAAGAGUAGAUAUAGUACCUCGGUCCUACCCAAUGUUUUUAGAUUCGUUAAUACGCUUCAUUGCACUAUGGCUGCUGGCACAUCCGCUGAAGGCCACCCGAUAAAACAAAAAAAAAUGGACUGCGAGUCGCCGCCGACAGACCGCCGCGGGCAGAGGUGCACAAAGCUUCGACACAGCGCCAGGCAGUCCGUGCCUGGGUUGGCAUGGAUGGGGCCGUACCUUGAGCUGGUACAAAAGGAAGUGCCUCGCAAGAGAAUACUUCGAUAAGCAGAGUGGUCGAGCCGAGGACCGGACACGGCCGUGGCAGGAUGCUGUACCGCGGCAGAAGAGUGGUUCUGGACACAGGUGUCCAGGAAGCCGGCAUCCUGGUGGACGGACACGGCAGGAUACAGUCCGUGCUGACGGGAGAGCAACUGCGCGCCUUCGAAGGACCUCAGGAGGACGUCGGGGACCUGGUGCUGAUGGCGGGCCUCGUGGACAGCCACGUGCACGUGAACGAGCCGGGCCGCGCGAGCUGGGAGGGCUUCCUCACGGCCACGGCCGCCGCGGCGAAGGGCGGGGUCACCACCAUCGUCGACAUGCCGCUGAACUCCAUCCCUCCCACCACGACGGUGGCGAACCUGCGGGCGAAGCUGGAAGCAGCCAGAGACCAGAUACACGUGGACGUGGCCUUCUGGGGCGGCGUCGUUCCUGAUAACAAGUCGGAGCUAAGGCCACUGGUGAAGGCUGGAGUGGUGGGCUUCAAGUGCUUCCUGUGCCCUAGCGGCGUGGACGAGUUUCCUCACGUGGAUGCCGCCCAAGUCGAGGAGGCCCUCGUAGAGCUGGAGGGAACCGGCUCCAUACUGGCGUUCCAUGCAGAGCUAUGUGGUGACCAGAAGACGGACGAAAUCACAGGAGACGGCCGCCGGUACAGCACCUUCCUAAAGUCUAGACCCGCCUCCAUGGAGCUGGCAGCCGUGCAGCUGGUGACGAGAUUGUGCCGACAGCACAGCGUGCCCUGCCACAUAGUUCACCUGUCGGCCGCGGAAGCGCUGCCGCUGGUGCGCGCGGCGAAGCAAGAUGGCGCCCGCCUGACCGCGGAGACCUGCCACCACUACCUCACCCUGGCGGCCGAGGACAUCCCGCGCGGCGCCACGCAGUACAAGUGCUGCCCUCCGGAGCGGCUGUGGACGGCCCUGGCUGACGGCCUGCUGGACAUGGUGGUGUCGGACCACUCCCCCUGCACGCCCGACCUCAAGCUGCUGCCUCCGGCCGGGGGCGGCGACUUCCUGGCGGCGUGGGGCGGCGUGUCCUCGCUGCAGCUCGGACUGUCGCUGUUCUGGACGCAGGCGCGAGGGAGGGGGUUCUCCCUGCAGGACGCCUCCCGCCUGCUGAGCGCCGCCCCGGCCAGACUCUGCGGCCUGGACCGCCGCAAGGGUCGCCUGGCGGAGGGCAUGGACGCCGACAUGGUCGUGUGGGACCCUGACCGCAGUUUCCAGGUGAGCGAGUCCGAAUUGCAGCACAAGAACAAGGUGAACCCCUACACGGGCAGAGAGCUGUACGGCGUGGUGGUGAAGACUAUACUCCAGGGACGGCCCGUGUAUGAGGCCGGGGCAGACAAGGCGGCCGGCUCGAGACAAGGGAAACUUCUGCUCGAUGUGAACUGCCGUUAGCUGAAGUCCGCACUUCGCUCGUGUCUCUUUGGAGUAAUUAUUUAAUAAAAAGUAUUUAAUUUCAGCAAAAAUUAAAAAAAAACUAUUUUUUAUUUCCCUACUCGUAAGCAAAUUCUGCACUUCAUUCGUGUAUCUUUGGAAUAGUUAUUUAAUAAAAAGUAUUUUAUUUCAGCAAAAAAAA